GUCCAGUAGUCGCUAGAGGACACACUGUCCCGUACGCGGCACUCUGUGGGCGACAUGAGCGCCGUAGUCGGCAAGCCGGGCACCUCGGCACAGGGGUUGGAGCUAGAUAAGGUGUCAGGACGUACCGAAGCCCCUAUGGUUUUCAUGGACUAUCAGGAAGACUGGAUGGCCAACGUCAUUGGUAAAGUUAAGGAAUCUCAAGUUGGCCUUUCUGAUAAGAAAUUUGAGUGUGCACAGUGCGGCCUGAAGUUAAUGAGUGAGGCUGGACUAGAGGAGCACCUGCAGCGGCGCUCAAUUGAGGUGCGCCUUCCUUGCCUCAAGUGUAAUAUUGUGCACAUCUGCUACAACCCGUGCCAGGUGCUAGGCGUGAUGCGAUUGUGCGACACAGAAGUAGCAUGGGGAGUGACUGUCGUUGAGGUUCGACCACAUAUUGCCGGUUUGCCAGUGACUUUACGAGCUCCGCCCGAUACGUUAGCGCCGUCGAGUGGCAAAUUCACCGCUGAAGAGUUAAUUCGCGCCACACGUACAUGCCAUGAAUGCAAGGUGUUCUGCGCCGACGACUCGCUCGAAGCGCACAUGACAUUUUCUACUGGACUGAAGCUCGCAUGUCAGACGUGCGGCCAACGUAUGCCAACCCGCUGUGCGCAACAGGCUCAUUGGCGCCUACACGCAGGUAGCCCGCCCUUUGUCUGUCCGGAAUGCGGCAAAAUGGCGCCGCGCGACACCCCACCCGAACAGUUCCUUCAACAUGUGCACGGUCUAUGCCAUCAUCGUGAGCGUGCCCUCGUCUUUCAGUGUCCCAACUGUCCCGCCGUUCACGACCGAGAUCGCGAAUUAGCUACACACAUUGCCGAUGCUCACGUACAAAUGUUGUACAAAUGCUCGCUGUGCUCGCUCGCGUUUCGCGACACGUCCGCCUUCGUUAGCCACAGCAGCAAGAGCCACCCAUACGCGACGGCUACGCCAGUGUCGGUGAUCAAGUGUCCGAUGUGCGAAGCAUGCGUGUUCGCCGACACCGAAAUGCUAAUCCAGCACUUCCUCUCCAUUCAUACGUCUUCCUGUGCCAAAUUCGUGUUCCGCUGUCACGUCUGCCGACAGCUCCGCACCGACCAGCUGGCGAUUCACGAACAUCACAAGGCGGAGCAUGCAUGGCAACCCCUGUUUGCCGACGUCAUGGCCGCAGCCGAGGAUCGCAGUCGGAUAGACGUUGCUCUUAUUGGCGUCAAGGACAGCAAGGGAAAGGCCAGAGGGGCAGGAGCCGAGAAGGGAGACAAGGCUGGACAACUGGCCGCGUAUACCCUCGCUCAAGGGACUCUGCUUCGCUGCGUCAAGUGCGCCUUCGAGUCUACCAAUCGAGUACAGUUCUUGCAGCAUAUUCGUUUGCACCGUGAAGGUGAGACGGCGCACCAAUGUCCAGAUUGCGGUUUAUAUCUCGCCGACGAGACCGCGCUCAGCGAACAUUUGCCGGCCGCCCAUGAAGCGGUAAAAGCUGCUGUAGUAACCGACCACCUACGUCAGGUCGCAGAACUCGUGGCGUUGAUUACAAAAAAAGAGGGAGCCGCAGGUAGCGGCUCAGCCGCUCAAGGCCAGACCCUAAGCGGCACCAAUACGCAGGGUGCGCAUGGCCAGGGGCCGGCUACGACGACUAGCCAAGGUCGACAGGCUCGAGGAACGGCUGAUAAGAAACCCCAACGGCCAAAAUGCCCAGUGUGCAACCUCAGCUGUGCGGACGCAAAGGCCCUUGAGUUUCAUAUGCGGACGCACGGAACAGCCUUCUUAAAGAGUUACAACAAACAACGAAAGAAUUGAUAACAGUCAAGACAGCUAGGAGAAAUAUUGGCUUGGAUGAUGUAUAGAGGAGAGGUGAAUGAGCGCUCCGUUUCUGGGAUCGACUUUGACUCCUAUCAUUUCUGCGUCUUCUCUUCGCUGCAGAGUACGGGCGAUCGUG